CUUAACAUUGAUAGGUGCAUUACUUGGGAAGCCAGAGUAACAGUCCGUCAAAAAAGACCCUAACAAUUCUUAAUGUUCGUUCACAGCCAAGAAAGCCAGCAACAAGAGUGUAGUUGUCCCGUUGAAAGAGAGGAACUUGACCGCCAAAUGGAUAUAUUUCCCGACAAAGCCACCGAAAGGAAGAUUCUUUCGUUUAAAAUAAAAUGCUCCAGUGAUGGUUGCGAUUGGACCGGUGAACUAAGGGAAAAAGAGGAUCAUCUAGCGUCUUGCAGUUUCAAGCUUGUUUCUUGCACCAACGAAAUCUGUCAAGUGACGAUUCAAAGAAAAGAACUUGAAGAACACGCGACCAACUCCUGCCAGUGGAGGAUUGUAGUUUGUGACCACUGUAAUGAGUCGCAUCCAAAGUGUCUGAUUCAAGAUCAUGUCGAGAGGUGUGAGAAGAAGCCUGUGGAAUGCCCAAAUAGUUGUGGCGAGAUUAUUGUUCAAGCAGAGAUUGCAUCUCAUACUAACGACCACUGUCCGCUGUCCGUGGUUUACUGUCCGUAUGCUCAGAUGGGCUGCAAUGCAAAGAUUCAGAGGAAGGAAGUCGAAACCCAUCUCCAGUCCACAAUGCAACUGCAUCUUGACUUAGCAUGCACAACCUUUAAAGAAACUACUGGAAAGCUUGAGGAAAAGAUGAACUCGCUCCAGCUGAAGCAAGAAGAACUUGACAAGGAAAGAAUAACACUAAGGGAGCAAGUGAAAGAGUUGACAGCGAAAAAUGUCGCUCUUGGUGCAAAGAUGGCCGCUCAGGAGAAAGAAGUCUCUGUUUUGAGAAGUGAAUCCUCCAAAUUUGUGUGGAGGAUAAAUGGUUUCAGCGAGAUUUUACAACGGGCCAUCAGUGGAACCGAGCGUGAAAUAUACAGUGAGCCUUUCUUCACUGGAAAAAUGGGUUACAAAUUAUCAGUCUGUAUUCAACCAAAUGGCAAUCAGUCACACAAGUACAAGUAUCUUUCAGUAAACCUCCGUCUUAUGAAAGGCACUUACGACAACAUACUGGCUUGGCCUUUUCAUUAUAAGGUCACAUUUACGUUGAUUGAUCAACAAGAUGAUGUGUCUUGGCCAUGGAGGGAAAAUGUAACACAAUCUCUGAUAAGCCGAGGAAGUAAGCUCACUUCAGAUGUAUCAUGCAGCAUGGAAGGCAUUGCAAGAUUUGUGUCCCACAAGGUUCUGAAGACAAGGCGCUACAUUGUCAACGACACAGUGUUUCUUCAAGUAGAGAUUGGCCCUCCGACAUAGAAGAACGAAAAGGUGACUUGGAACAAUGAACACAGAAUCUUCCCUUUUGUUUAUUUUUUUAUUAUUAUUUUUUUUUAUGACAAGCAACGUUAAUUUAUGGCCUCACUCGUGUGU